GUUUCACCUUAUACCCUUUGUAUCAUAUACGUUUGCUUCAGUGACUCUAUAUUUUUGAUCGGGUGAACACUGUUAUAGAAAGUAAUAGGUUAAAUUGAAUCUCUCAAUUAAAUGAUAUCUGAUCGUUUUCGAUUCUAUUUUUAAUAAAAACUCGUAAAUUAAUCUCAAUUAUUUUAUCAGUCUACGCAUGAAAUCUUGGAAAAUAAUUGUGAAAACACUCGUUCUUUCAUUGCAAAUACCAGCUGAACAAUCGGAUAAAACAAAAACCAUGUUAAAUUACAUUUAAACUUGUAAAUUGAAGUUCGCACACACACAUUUUGCAUACAUUUAAUAAAUAUUUCUAAGAGCUACAACGAAAAUCGCAUUUUACUGUUGUGUGAGCAUUUUACAAACAAUAAUAGGUUGACUCAGCUAAAUGAUUGUUUCUAAAUUUCGAGGAAAAAUCGUUUACAUCGGUCCUAAUUAUUUUAUUAAGCCGUGCAUGAUCUUGAAAAAUAAGUAAUUGCUACUAUUCAUACUUUCUCACUGUUGCAAAUAUCAAAACAAUCAAAUAAAAAGAGAAACUGUAUUGAUCUUACAAUAGUAUAAACUACAAACUGAAGUGUACAUUUUUUUUGUAAAUUUAAUAACUUUAUAAAAUUAAGACACACACACGACGCAUAUUCCUCAACUUUUACAAAAUAUUUUACAUAAUUAUAUAAUCUGUUAUUUGCAAAAAUGGAGCAGUUCCAAAUAUCCGCACCAGGCAGAUUAUGCUUAUUAGGUGAACACACAGAUUUACGCACCAGAUUAAAAUUCAUCCAAACACCGAUUCGGUCUAUCAACAAUAUUGAAAUAUAUUUUCCUAAAAUCAAAUUAUCAUUUAAAAUAUCAAUAAAUAAUUUUACAUUGAUAUUUAAUAAAUGCGUCAACAAUAUGUCGCAUAAAAAUGUAUUUGAUUUUAUUGGAUCAUAUGAACCAGAAAUAUUAUACUCAGAAGAACAAAAAAUAUUUCUUAAUUCAUUUUUUUACUUACUCGGUUAUAUGAUCCACAAAGAAAAGAUUAAAAUAAAAUCUUUUACUAUAAAUUUGUCAACACAAUUAAUGAUGGAUGAUCAUUUCGUCUGUCCGGCAUCAUUCGUAGUAUGUCUCGCGGCAUGCUUGUUACAUUGGUCACGUCUGCAAAAAGGCAUUUGCCGCGCUUUCGAAAUAACCGAUCUCACAAAAAUUUACACAUAUGCUGCACAUUGCGAUAAAAUCUUCUAUAAAUCGACGCUAACGGAUGUGAUUGUUUCCACAUUUGGCUAUCUCAUGACAUAUCAGAUUGACAAGAAUGAGCGUUUGAUUUUACUGCUUGACUUGCCAAACAUGACGAUACUGCUUAUAGUUGAUUCAAUACGAGUGCAAAAUGAAAUUAACCAGGAAAGGUGGGAAGAAUUAGUGAAAAAGUUUUCCAACAUUGUCAAUUCUAUCUUAGACAACAAUAAUUAUUGUCCAGUCAUUAUGAAUUGUGAUUGCACAUUAAAAGAACUUGAUAUCUACGUAAAUGAUUUUCUCACUAUCAAUAAGGUAGUAAUUAAUAAUUGUCCCUUGGUGCAGCACGAAAGAUUGGAGAAAAUGUAUACAAUAGCGAAAGAGGAGCACCCAGAAGUUAUGAAAGAUGUGCCACAUGUAUGCGUUUGGAGUCCAGUAUACACAAAUAGAGAGAAAAAAAAUAAAACGGAGGGAUCUCAGUCUUCCGACUUGAAUAAGGAAAUAAUUAGAAACGAUAUUGAAAGGGAUGAUCAACAUGCUUAUAUGACUUAUUGUGAGACAUCUCUGAAAAGCGACGAUGUACUCGCGCUAAUUAAUUAUCUUUCCGCAAGAUAAAUCGCGCAUUUAUCACUCUCAUGUUUACAUAGUUGAGAGUGAAUCUGGGCAACUGUAAUUAUUACCCGCGGACGGGCUGUUUGCCAAAUAACCGUAAGCUUGUGUAAUUGCGAAAAGUCCAUGGUGACGUUUAGUUUGGCAACUCGUUCUAAUUUCCUGUGCAAGUUAAUUCGAAAGUAUCUUUGAAGCAGCGCACGUAUCUGAUAAAUUAUCUCGAUGUACCUCACAAUUACGAAGGAAUUUCUCUUUAAAGAUUCAAUAAUUAGCGAUAAAUUGUAAAAGUACGCAUAUAAUGAACACCGAAUCAAUUAGCAAAAGCCCUAUAAAUCAAAUCUUUAAUUAAAAAUUUAGAAAUUUCUCGAAAUCAAGUUCAAAAGAGAUAACACAAUCUACACUAUUUUAUAUUAAUUUAAAAAUAAUACCUCUUCAAAUAAAAAUCUUGUAAUGUCGAUAUCUUUGGAAUUUCAUGCACAUAUGUACGUAAUAUUAUAUAUCUUUGCGAUUUAUGCAAAUUGCGUUUCAGUAAUGCAAAUAGUCAAUAAAACUUUAUAUUUUGUAUUAUCUAAUAAUAUCAUAUGUGAAUGAAAGCUUAGUGCAAGCUAGCUAGUUGAAAGUGUAAUCUUGAAUAAUAAAAAAGUUAUACAGAGUUAAUAUUAAAUUUUUAUAGAUCUAUUUAAA